UUAAAAUUUCAGAGUCAAAUUAUUGAUGUAUGUAAAUUAAAAUCUGCUCAAGAACAAAAACGAUUCCAUAACGUUACUGCUCAGUUACGCAACCAACACUUAUCUACCAUACGUAAGUGGAGAGCUACAAAACGAUUUUUUACUGGAGAACGAGGUGCUUGGAUUGAAAGAUCUCAAGAGGAAAUACACUGGAAACUGUCUAACCAAGAAAACUUUUCACGUAUGAAAGUGAAAUUAAUUCAGAAUUAUACAUUUGAUUCACAUAAAGGUGCUAGUAGUCAGAGAGAUAACACAGGAAUGACAGAGGCCGAGUAUCAACAAGAAUUACGUAAUUUAAAGUUAUCUAAAGAAGCUCUAGUAUCUAAAGAAAACAUAGCUGAUGAUGCACUGGGUGAUGAAGAUUGGAAUGUUAUCAGCUCUUCAAGCACAGCAAGUGAAGAAUUAUCAGGAAAAGAGAAAUUAGUAUUUUCUGAAGAUUGUGUUUUAAUCACAUUAGUUGAGAUUAUCAAAGGUCGUCUAGAGGUUACAACAACUCAUGUCUACUUUUUUGACUGUAGUUCAAAUAAAACAGAAGGAGGUGAAGAUUUUAAAUGGGCUCUAAGUCAACUGAGAGAAAUACAUUUCCGUCGCUAUAACUUGAGAAGAAGUGCCUUGGAGAUGUUUCUUAUUGAUCAGACUAACUACUUUCUUAAUUUUGCUGAAAAAUCUGUGAGGAACAAAGUAUAUAGUAGAAUGCUAAGUUUACGACCACCUAAUUUGAAUUAUUAUGGAACCCGAUCACCAGCUGAAUUAUUGAAAGCUUCAGGACUAACACAGAAAUGGGUUCAGCGUGAGAUAUCAAAUUUUGAUUACUUGAUGCAGUUAAAUACAAUAGCUGGAAGAACAUACAAUGAUCUUAGUCAAUAUCCAGUUUUUCCAUGGAUAUUAAGUGACUAUGUUUCAGAAACACUUGAUUUAGAAAAUGACGAUAUCUAUCGGGAUUUAUCAAAACCAAUGGGUGCUGUAAAUCCUAAAUUUGAAGCAGAGGUCCGAGAAAAAUAUGAAACAUUUGAAGAUCCUACUGGUAGUAUAGAGAAGUUUCAUUAUGGUACACAUUAUUCUAAUGCUGCUGGUGUUAUACAUUAUAUGGUUAGAAUGGAACCAUUUACUACAUUACAUAUACAACUACAGAGUGGCAAAUUUGAUGUUGCUGAUAGACAAUUCCAUUCUAUACAUGGUAGUUGGAUGUCUCCUAUUGAAAAUCCUAAUGAUGUAAAGGAACUUAUACCAGAGUUUUUUUAUUUACCAGAAUUUCUCGUAAACAUGAACAAUUUUGAUUUGGGUAAACUACAGUUAAGUAAAGAGAGGAUCAAUGAUGUUAUUUUACCUAACUGGGCUAAAACACCGGAGGAAUUUAUACAUAAACACAGACAGGCACUAGAAUCUGAACAUGUGUCUAGAAAUCUGCACAACUGGAUAGAUUUGAUAUUUGGAUAUAAACAGAAAGGACCAGCUGCUGUAGAAGCUGCAAAUGUCUUUUAUUUCUGUACAUAUGAAGGAGCUGUUGAUUUGGAUGCCUUAAAAGAUCCACAAGAAAGAAAAGCUGUAGAAGGAAUGAUCAAUAACUUUGGUCAGACACCAACACAGUUAUUAAAGGAACCACAUCCUAAAAGAAUGUCAUUUGAUGAAACUAUUAGUAAAAUCUACAAAAAUUCCAAACCACUUAAUAUAUUCCAUUUUGUCAAAGAUUUAAAACCAUUCUAUGCUUCGGUAUCAAGUGAAACUGAUCCGUUAGUAUAUAUCCAUGUUCCAAGAAGUCAAGCUAGAUCUAUUAUACAACAUGGUGCUUCAGAUAAUAUGGUAACUGUAACAGAAGAUGGUAUAAUAGGAGUACAUGGUUGGUUACCGUAUGAUAAAUCUAUAUCUAAUUAUUAUACAUUUGAACAAGAUCCAUCAAUGCUCAAUCUAAAAACAAAGAAACAUGUAAAUGGAGCUUUUGAUCCUGGUUUAUGUAUAGAAGCUAAGUUAUUUGUUGUAUCACAUGACUGUAAGUUAUUAUUUAGUGGUGGACAUUGGGAUAAUAGUCUACAAGUUUAUCUUAUCACUAAAAACAAGAAGAUUAAUCAUAUAGUUAGACAUAUUGAUAUAGUGACAUGUCUAGCGUUAGAUUAUUGUGGUAAACAUCUAAUAACUGGUUCUCGAGAUACUACAUGUAUAGUGUGGGAGAUAAAUCAACAGGGUGGAAUUAGUAGUAAUGUAUGUAAUAAACCUAUACAAACAUUAUAUGGUCAUGAUGAUGAGGUUACAGCUGUACACAUAUCAGUUGAAUUAGAUCUAGCUGUAUCAGCUUCUAAGGAUGGUACUGUUAUAAUGCAUACAGUACGUAAAGGACAUUAUAUGAGAACAUUACGACCACCAUGUGAAGUAGACUAUACCAUGAAUCUACCGUUACUAGCUGUAUCUGAUGAAGGACAAGUUGCUUUAUAUUGUAAAGAAGUUAAUAAAAGCUGUACUCAGGAGAAACAUACCUUACAUGUAUAUUCUAUUAAUGGUAAACAUUUGGUCACAGAAACAUUGAUGUCUGGUUUAGGUCACAUGAUAUUAGCAGGAGAGCAUCUUAUAAUGGGCGAUAAUCAGGGACAACUUAUCAUGAAACAGCUGUUCGGAUUAAAAACAAUCACCACAAUACCAUUAUUAGUGCCUAUAACAUGUUUAAGUGUGACCAGUGGUAACAGUCAUCUAUUAGCUGGUCUUAAAGAUGGUAAACUCAUUAUUAUUGGUCUGAAGGGAAAACAGAAGAGAAUGUCCAUAUUUUAAGAAUUAGUAUAUAUUGUUUAUAAAAUGUCUGUUGUGUAUAAAUGCUGAUGUAAAUACAAGUAGAUGAUAUAUUCUGUUAGUUACAAAGUGAUCUCGUCAAAAUCUCAUUAAAAUAUAGAUCUUGGGUUGAAAUUGUUCUCUGUCCUUUGUUACCAUAAUUAUAUGCUUAAACUGAGAUCUGAAUUCAAAGUUAUUCUCAUUAUUAGUGUAAUGUGCUGGUAUAUGAGUAAUGUUCUGAUACAAGUCUGUGUAUAUAUGGUUAAAACAUCAUUACAAUAUCAAGUCUUUUACCUUGACUGUAUUAGCUAUGUAGCUAUGAAUCUUAUAAAUUUGUUUGUUUGACCUGUUAUAAUAUAUCUAUAAUAAUGAAGGUCAGUGAAAUAAAAAGUGCUAUAAAAUAUUUAUUUAGUUUUUGCCUAAUUGCUGGGACUGAAAGGGGAGACAUAAGACAAGUAUAAGAUGUGUAUUUUAAUGAGUGUCAUAUUAUUGUUAAGAAUACCGGUACUAGUGCCUUUAGAAAGUAUUUUAUAUAUGUUUACACACUAGGCCAACUAUAGUUUCUUGUUAUAUAUUUAUUGUAUUAUUAUAAUUUUAAUAUCUAUUUCUACUAAUUACAAUGAAUGAAUAUUUUUACAGUUACAAUAAAAACUGUAUGUACAUAUUAGUAUUUUAUUUCUCAAAUAGAUUUAAAAUAUUUUUAAUUAUGUGACAUAGGCAUAUAUGUAUAAACUAAAUUAUUAUCAAUAAGUAAAACUAACUACAGAAAAACCACACAGUAUAACAAAAUUAAAUAAGUUACCUAGUUAAUAGAAGUUUUGGGUGUGAAUGUAUUAGGUGUAUAAAAAGUUCCAAAAUUGUUCCUUCCACUUUGUGUCUUUGAGCAACUCUUGACUAUUUUCCCCAUUUGUACAAUUUGAAACAGUCAUUGUUGAACUUAUUUUUUUUAAAUCAAAAAUAUUAAAAUCUCCAUUCAUAAUUAAGAAAACUUAAGAUUAUAGAAAUAGGUUUGAAAUUAGUUUAAAGUAAGAAGUCUUUGUUUGCUGCACGAAACCACAUCUUAAAAUCAAACUUUAUUCUGGUAUGUUGGGACUUAAGGCAAGGAUAAAUGUUUGUUAAUAUUAGAUUAUGUGUGAUCUUGUAUAUAAAUGUAUAAAUUUCUUACAUACAUGUACUUAUCAUUACUCGAACAAAAGAAAAACCCUGCAUAAUUCUCAUGUUCUUAUAGAUUUUUACUUUUCAUCUUAAGAUUUUUUAUUAUCUCAAGUUAGUGCAAUAAUAAAGAUAUAUUUAACAGAUAAUUGAAUAUCAUUUCUCAUAACAUAGGCCAUUUUUUAAUUUGGGUAAUAUCUAAGACACUGAAUUUCAAACAAUAUUUUAAUUCUUAUUUUGAUUAGAAGUUUGUUUUCUGUCCGACGAAUUACAAUUAAUUGAUAUAAGGUGAAGCAAUAUUACAGAAUUUACAAUAAUCCUUGAAAAUGUGCCAUUGCAAAAAAUGUUCAAUUGUGAUAAUAAUUUGUGUGAAGAAUGACACCCAAUCUUAGAGUGAUAUUAAUGUAGUUGGUUCAGUGUUGUGAUAAACACUAUUUAUUGUGACCUCUCUUUUAUGAAAACAAACAUAUCAUUUGACUGGUAUAAUGUAUGACAAAAAGAAUAUUAACAAAAAAAUGUAUAUCAACACAUGACAUCCCAUUAUUUUAAGGUUCAAGCACUAUACUGUAUAAGUACCUUGCCAUUGGAAAUAAACCUUUUUGUUUCAGAAAAUUAAGCAAAUUUGGUUUGUUUACUUAUUUUAUUGUUAUAUUUUGUUCACCAUAAGUUAUAACUCAUCUAACUUUAUUUAAGACAAAUCAACACAUAAAAUCCAAGGAAAUUCACGGUUUCAUUUUUGACUCAAAUAAUGGGUAUGCACUACAAAAAUUAACACAUUUAAGAAAUUGAAGGAGAUAGAAGUGCCUACAAUUCCCUAGUUUUAUUAUAGACAGAGAAUAGUGUGGUCUACUUUGAAAAUAGAUUGUUCACAAAAUGAAAAUAAAAGAUUGAUGCAUGUGCUGAAGAAUUAUUAUUACUGUUAUUAUAUAUUUUAUACUAGAAAACUUUGUUUCAUACAAUACUACUGCUGUAUUAUAUAUAAUUGGAAAAACUGUAUAUAUUAGUAGAGAGUAUUUAUAUUGUUGUCGAUCUUACAUAUUUAUUUAGUUGGAUUAAAUAAUUAUGAAAAAAAAUUACAUAUGAUCAAUGCGAAAAUAUUUGAUUACACCUGAUGUGUUUAGUUAAACGUCUGUCUUUUGACUUAGGAUGACUCAGUGAUAGCAAAUUUUUGGAACGUCUUUUCUGACUGAAAAGAAAACAUAACUCGAUGCAGAUUUUUAUAUUUUAUUAUCUUUCUUGUAUUGGAAGACAUGUAGUUUGAAUCAUACACAAACUGGAUGUGGUGUUAUAAAAUUAACAGUCAAUUGUUGUAAAUAAAAUGCCAGGCAUAAGGCAAAAUAAUGAGUAUAAAAAAAAAAAAUAUGAUGGCACCAUCACAAAGUUGUUAGAAAUAAACAUAAAGGUAACUUGCAUUCCAUAUAAGUGGGGUUUUUUAUACAGCAGAUGAGAUCUGAUCAAAUCAACCCCAUAUUUAUUUACCAAGCCUUCAGUUCUCUCUCCCCUUUAUUAUGCUAAUUACAAUGUGUUCAGUUAUUGUACUUAUCUUGGUACAUAUUGUCUGUGUUAUUGUAGAGGAAACCUUUGUUUUGAAUUAUAUUAUCAACUUAUUUUAUAUCUUAUUUGAAUGUAAAUAAUUCUGUCGUGCAUUGGUUGCCAACAUCAAAUUUCUUUAUUUUGUAGACGGGGAAAGUGUUUUUAGAAAAUGUUACCAUCUUGAUUCUGUAGUUAUAGAGUGAUUUAACACAAAUAUUUUGUAAUUACAUGCAGUCAAUAAAGUCAAUUAUUGUGAUAUUGCCUAUAAUGAUAAUAUUGUAUCUAGUCGAACAUCAAUACAUAUAAUAUAUACACAGUAAUCUUAAAUAAAAUUGAAUCAUUAAA